GCUUAGGAACGUCGUUUUGCGUGACCUCAGAGAUAUGCGACCGUACGCACAGGCCCGUUGUGCUUUUAACUCACUAGCUUAUGAAUAGUCCACUUAAGAUGGCGGCAGAACGCGUUUGUCAGUAUCAGAGUUUUUCGGAGAGCGAGAAGCAGUGGAAGGCGAGGAGAUCGUUCAUUUUGAACAACUUGGAACAUUUUCGAGAAGACAGCGAGAUAGACAGACUACUAGCGUUAUCGAUGGUUUGGGCUAACCACGUCUUUAUGGGUUGUCGAUAUAGCCAUGAACUCUUGGAAAAGGUUAUUGGGAUGGCAGAAGGGAUUGAAGUAGAAGAUGCUCCACAGUUUACCACUAGAGAUGAAAUAAUGAAACAGCGCCAUCGUUAACCACAUAUCAGAGAUGCACAAGAGACUGCAAUGCAGCCAUUUUUCUGGAGGCUUUUGUUUUUAAGUCCGUUGACCUGGCGCACACUUGAUCAACAAGUCUACGAUUUUUUUUAUAAUCCUGCAUUAAAACAUUGUUAUAAUGUUCUUUAUGUGCAUAUAAUCACUGUUCCUUCAAAUGCUCCUUUCUUACAUUAAGAGAUUUUACCGUUUUUCAGUGUAUGCUUAAAAUGUGUAAUUUUAUGUCACAAUUAAAUGUUAUUUUCAUUGGCUGAAUAUUGACUUUGUUUUUGCAAUGCAAUGACAAUGUAUACAAACCUUUACACAAACAAGAGCCUGCCAUGCUUUUU